AUGGCUUUAGGAGGCGAAGAAUCAGAAAAAGAACUUGAAAAUUCGAAUCUAGUCGAAAUUGGGAAGGAGAUUGUGGUAAAGUUAAAAGGCCUUCCUCUUGGACAUCUUCUAUAUGCCAAAAAACCAGAACAUCAUCUUUGGUUGGCUUUCAAAGAUAACGAGCUUUCUCGAGUUUUGAAACAAAGAAAAGAGACACAAUUCAUGCUAUCAAUAUUAGAGCUCAGUUAUAGCCCUCUCCAAUUUAGUUUGAAACAAUGUUUCUUAUAUUGUGCUAUAUUUCCAAAAGAUUACAAUAUUCCAAAGGAUGAAGUUAUAAAGCAAUGGAUGGCCCAAGGUUUCAUUAAGUCAAUUAAGUCAAUUAGUACACUUGAGCCAAAUGAUAUUGGGGAAGAUUAUUUCAUGGAAUUAUUAUCAAGGUCAUUCUUUCAAGACGUCACAAGAAAUGAAAUGGGUGACAUAAUAAAGUUUAAGAUUCACGACUUGAUGAAUGAUCUUGCUUGUUCUAUAGUGAAAAAUGAAUAUGUUACUAUGGAUGAGAAAGAUAAGGUCGUCAUUGAAAGAACCAGACACAUCUCAAUUUAUCAUAAAUUUGGUAUAAAGUUCGGAUCCUUCAAAUUAUUGUUUGAGGCAAAAAAUUUGAGGACAUUAAUUAUUGAUGCUCCUACUCACAAUGGCAAAAAAGCCCUUAACCUAAUCUCUACCAAGUUCUUGCAAUGGAGGACAUUGUGCUUGAAUUUUGCUUAUGCUACUCCUUCAGAAGUAUUGCCUAAAUCUAUUGGCAAGUUGAAACAUUUAAGGUAUCUGAAGAUAAUGUUAUUUCAUCUUUUGUUUCUUCCAAAUUCUAUAACUAAGUUGCAUAAUUUGGAAACACUUAUCUUUGAUGGAUGUAAGCGUUUACAAGAGUUGCCGAGAGAUGCAGAAAAUUGGAUGAAGCUUAGAUAUCUAAGUCUUGCUAGAAAUUGGGAGAUAAAACUCCUUCCAGAUUUUAUUGCUGCAUUGCACAAUUUGGAAACAUUUAUCCUUCAAGAUUGUUCUCUAUUAAGAGAACUGCCGAAAGGUAUUAAAAAAUGUGUCAACUUUAAGCAUCUUGAUUUACAUGGUUGCAGUGCUUUGACUCAUCUGCCUAAAGGACUAGGUGAGCUUACUAGUCUUCAAACAAUGAAUUUGAUUGUACUAAAGAAAGAUACUGGUUGUGAUUUAAGCGAGCUGAAUAGACUGAACAAGUUGAAGGGCAAAUUAACUAUUAAAGGAUUGGAAGUUUGUACAGCUGAUGAUUUAGAAAUGAAUUCUUUUAACUUACCAUUGAAGUUGGGUGUUCUAAAGUAA